AUGCCUGCGUCUACAAGGAAAUCCAGAGUGGGCUGCAUUAUGUGCAGGAAAAUAUUUGACAUCAAAAGUAGUUUACUAUCGGUGUCAUUGACUUGCGGAGCUAAUGUUCAGGUUAUCAAGAAUCCGAGUAUCUUGCCAGGCACUUUACAAUCAAGCCGGUUCCUGCCAUGGGUGCCAACUAUGAUGCACAAAAGUUACGAGCUCGAAGCUCAAGCUACUUUCUUCGCCACCUCUAAGCCUUCUACGCAUCAUGCUUUGGCAUCUCCAAAUGCACUACGUAGGGAUUUUGGCGAGCAGUACGGCCACCUCCCCCCGCCAUCGAAAUUACAACACGGUAUAAAGAGUGACAUGCCAGCAGUUGAUUUGUUUACCGUCAAAUUAUUUCUCACGCCUUGUCCAAGCAGGUUGACGGAUGAUUUUCCGCCGUCGUCAGAUGCUGAACCUCAUAUGAACAAGAUGCUUUUCACAGAGAAAACCGUCGUUAUGCAUGCCAAAUCGCGGCUUGAAACCUUGGGGACAUUCACUUUGCAACUAUUGAAAGAAGUCUCACAGGUGUCUACCAUAAGUUCCGGCCCGACCUUGUCAAGGAUGGGUCAAAAACUUUUGAGUAGCUGA